UUGUGCAUUUUGUGGUUUUCAGAAGAGAAAAAUGGGAGAAAAAACCUGCAGCGCAGGAAGUAUAGUUUGGGUGCAGAGGAAAAAUGGAACAUGGUGGCCAGGGAAAAUACUGUGUAACAAUGAAAUCUCAACUACUGGGAUUGUUUCUCCUAAUAGUUUCAGUUCAAGAUUUCCCAUCAAGCUUCUUGGUCGAGAUAAUGCUUCUGUGUACUGGUACAACCUGGAGAAGUCCAGUCGCGUAAAGGCAUUUCGAUGUGGCGAGUUUGAUGAUUGUAUCAAAAAGGCCGAAUCAUCCAAGGUUUAUAUGUAUAAUAAAAAGCUCAAGUAUGCACUACGAGAAGAUGCAAUUCUUCAUGCUCUUCAACUUGAGAAGCAACAACAGGAGAAACUGAAAAUGCCAGAUGGUGAAACAUAUGGAGAAAGUGUCGAGAGAACAAAGAGAAACAGAUGUGCUAUACCAUUUUUGGAGAAAUCAGUUCAUUCUCAAUCAUCAAAGAUAAUUCCCCCCUCUAAUAGUAAUCAUUCAUCUUCCAAGUCCACGAGUUCCUUGAAGAGUGAGACAACUGCAUCUGCAGGUUACUAUACAUUGCGACCAAAAAAGAUGAGCUUCAGUCGUCCAGCAGUCAACAAAAGGAAAAUGCAUAAUCAACAUUGUAGGAGCAGAUCAGUUGAAAGAAGUAGUGAAUCAUUUGAAACCUUGUCACGGGAUUUCAAUCACAACUCUCGGCCUAGUCCAGGGAACUCUCUCACAGAGGAAGCCAGCAGCCAAAGCCUUAGUUCAAAGUUCACCACGUGCACGCGGAAGACAUUAAUAGAUGUGGAUAUGACAGUUCAAGGCACCUAUAGAGGAGAGCCUACUCCUCUUGUUUCUUUAAUGAGUAGAUUAAACGGAAAGGCAAUCGUAGGGCACCCCAUCAACAUAGAAGUAUUAGAUGAUAGUUCUGAAAUAAUUCUUGUUAAGAAAGGGAGCUCGGAUCAGCUGAAAAACAAGAGAAGAAUGCCUCAACUUGUUUGGACAACAUCAAAGAGAACUCCUGUCUGUUACACAACCUCUUCUGCAUCUAAGAAGCCGAACAUGUCAAACAACGGACCAAGAACAUUCUUUCGUGGCGAUGGACAAAAGUGCAACCAUGAUGUAGGUGACAAGAAUGCUGCAAAAGAUGACAUGACUCUGCCUUAUGUUACAUGUGUCCCUGUGAAAGACAUAUUCACCAAGUUAAUAAGGGCACUUGGAAAUGUGUGAUCAUAACCAGGAUCUCGAGGUUAAUAUGGUGUGCAUGACGAGAAGCUUUCUGUGGAUAUUACAGUAAUUAACUGCUGCCAUUAAGAACUGUAUAUUGACAUGCUAAAGUAGGUUUAUGUCUCCUCUGUAAGUAACCUAAACUUACAAAACUGAGCUAAAAGAUUUCUCAGCUUUUUGUUCUUCCAACAUGAAAUCUAUCUAUUAGUCAUUGAA